UACCCUCUCUCUCUCUCUCUCUCUCUCUCUACACGCUUUGCAAUUUUGCAUCGUGCCAUCGUCCUGUCUCUCUCUCUUCCUCGAGAAAGAAAGGAGGAGAGGGGAUAAAGCGCACAAAGAGCAGCCGCUUUGUGCCAAUCUCUCUCUCUCUCUCUCUCUCUCUCUCUUCUCUCUCUCUCUCUCUCAUCUUCUCCUCCCCAAAAAGAAGAGAUCACCAAUUCUGUGGCUGCUUGUUUCAGCUGCUUAGGAUUCCCAAGAAUUCCAUUCCAAAGCAGCAGCUGCUCCUCCUCCUUGAAUCUUGGGAUUCAGUGCACGCCUCCCUGCUUCUUCCUUCCUCCUCCUGCCUUGCAAAUCUUGGAGCUUUUUUUUUUUUUCCCCUCUUCUCUUGUAGGAGUAGGAGAGUAGGAGGGGUUGGAGUGGAGGAGAUUGGAUUUGGUGGUGGUGUUUUGUGCGGCGGUUGGGGGUAGAGGAAAGGGGAGUUUGUGGGGGGAGUGGUUAGUUCUUGGCUUCUUCUUCUUCUUCAGCGAGAGCUACUACAGCUACAGCUCGUGCUCGUGCGCCAUUAAAGUCCUCGCCUUUGCGUCUCCCCCCUCUUUCUACCAGCCCACCUCCUCCUCUUCUUCUUUGGAUUAGGGCUUCGAAGGCGGCUGCUUUCUCUGCGGAGGGGGUUGAAUUCUUGCGAUUCUUGGAGGGGGGAUUUGUCCUGAGUGAUUUGGUAUGUGGGCAGCAUGAGGAAGCUCUUCUUCUCCGAGUUGACCUCCUGCAAGGAGACCAAGCUCCACUCCGCGCCCCACUCAUGGCUUCCCCUCGAGAAAGGGAAGCUCUCCAAGUUCGCCGGCCACUCCACCUCCUCCAUAGAAUCGCUGAUGAAAAUGCCGGAGCCGGUGGUUCUUCCCCACUUCAAGCCUGCGGAUUAUGUGGACAUAUUGGCCCAGAUUCAUGAGGAGCUGGAGUCUUGCCCUCCUGAUGAGAAGUCGUGCCUGUACCUGCUCCAGUUCCAGGUUUUCCGCGGCCUCGGCGAGGUGAAGCUGUCGCGGAGGAGCCUCCAGUCCGCGUGGGAGAAGGCGAGCACGAUACACGAGAAGCUGAUAUUCGGGGCAUGGCUCAAGUAUGAGAAGAAAGGGGAGGAGCCGAUAUCCGACCUCCUCAGCUCGUGUGGCAAGUGCUCUCAGGAGUUCAAGCUGCUGGAUUUCGUGUCGCAGAUCUCCACCGGGUCGCAUGAGAUAAGCUAUGAUGAUGAGUCGGAUGUGUUUUGGGGCUCUCCGGUGGUACAUUUCCGGAUAAGAGAUGAUAUGAUUGCAUGCGAUCGGCGAAAGCUUGCUGCUUUGUCGACUCCGCUGUAUGCAAUGCUUAACGGUGGCUUUCGGGAAUCACAUCUUGAGGUUAUUGAUAUGUCUCGGAAUGGCAUCUCCUCGAUUGGUAUGCGAGCAAUCAGUAAAUUCAGCUUGACAGGAAGGUUACCGUAUUUAUCAGCAGAUGCUAUUUUGGAAAUGCUUGAUUUUGCUAAUAAGUUUUGCUGCAAUGGCCUCAAGGAUGCUUGUGAGCGAAAGCUUGCUUCUUUCAUUUGCUCGAGGCAGGAUGCUAUAGACUUCAUGGAGUGUGCUCUUGAGCUGGGUUGUUCCAUCCUUGCUGCUGCAUGCUUGCAGGUGCUCCUGAAUGAGCUUCCAGAGUGCUUGAAUGAUGAACAAGUGGUUAGGAUAUUCUCCUGUGCAAGUAAGCAGCAGCGAUCCACAAUGGCUGGAAAUGCUUCUUUCUCCCUAUAUUGCCUUCUUAGUGAAGUCUCCAUGAGCAUCAACGCGACAUCGGAUGUCACGGUGACCUUCUUGGAAAAAUUGGUGGAUUCAGCAUCAGAUUCUAGACAGAAGCAGUUGGCCUUGCAUCAGCUGGCGUGCACAAGACUUCUAAGGAAAGAUUAUGCUGAAGCCGAGCGCCUGUUCAAUGCCGCCUUUACCGCUGGACAUCUCUAUUCAGUAGUGGGUUUGGCUAGACUGGCCUCUAUGAGGGGUAAUAAGCAUUUUUCUCUCAAGUUGCUUGAUUCUGUCAUGUCAUCUCGCUGGCCACUUGGAUGGAUGUACCAAGAGAGAGCACUAUAUUUGGAGGGUGAUAACAAGUUGGAAAAUCUUAACAAGGCCACUGAGUUGGAUCCUACCCUUACAUACCCCUACAUGUUUCGAGCUGCAUCUUUGAUGAAAAGACAAAGCGUUGAAGCUGCCCUUAUGGAGAUUAACCGGAUCCUGGGAUUUAAGCUUGUUCUGGAAUGCUUAGAGCUAAGGUUCUGUUGCUAUCUUGCACUUGAGGACCAUAGAGCUGCUUUAUGUGAUGUCCAGGCAAUCCUCACUCUUGCUCCAGAUUAUCGUAUGAUUGGUGGUCGGGUGUCUGCAAAGCAGCUGCGUAUGCUUGUGAUGGAGAAUGUUGAGCAGUGGACAACUGCUGACUGUUGGAUGCAGCUUUAUGAUCGUUGGUCAUCUGUGGAUGAUAUAGGAUCCCUCUCGGUCAUAUAUCAAAUGCUGGAGUCAGAUGCUGCUAAAGGAGUUCUCUACUUUAGGCAAUCUUUGCUUCUUCUCAGAUUAAAUUGUCCUGAGGCUGCAAUGCGCAGUUUGCAGCUAGCUCGUGAACAUGCUGCAAGCCAACAUGAACAGCUUGUUUAUGAGGGAUGGAUAUUGUAUGAUACCGGCCACUGUGAGGAGGGACUGCAGAAAGCAGAAGCAUCCAUCGCAAUACAAAGAUCAUUUGAAGCAUUCUUUCUGAAAGCUUAUGCUUUGGCUGAUUCGAGUCUUGACCCUUCAACUUCAGCAACAGUUGUAUCACUUCUUGAAGAUGCAUUACGCUGCCCCUCUGAUAGACUACGGAAGGGUCAGGCUCUGAACAACCUUGGGAGUGUUUAUGUGGAUUGCGGGAAGCUUGACCUGGCAGCUGAAUGCUACAUCAAUGCCCUAAAGAUUGGUCAUACCAGAGCUCAUCAAGGCCUUGCCAGGGUCCAUUUCCUCAGAAACAGCAGAACUGGUGCAUAUGAGGAAAUGACCAAGCUAAUAGAGAAGGCCAGGAGCAACGCAUCAGCUUAUGAGAAGAGGUCGGAGUACUGUGAUCGUGAGCUAACAAAAUCAGACCUGCAGAUGGUGACCAAACUAGACCCUCUGCGUGUAUACCCCUACAGAUACCGUGCUGCUGUGCUGAUGGACAACCACAAAGAGAAGGAGGCCAUCGCGGAGCUGACAAAAGCAAUCGCCUUCAAGGCGGACCUGAACCUGCUCCACCUGCGAGCCGCCUUCCACGAGCAUGUCGGCGACAUCUCGAGUGCACUCCGGGACUGCCGCGCAGCGCUCUCCGUGGAUCCUAACCACCAGGAGAUGCUCGAGCUUCAUCACCGGGUGAACAGCCAAGAACCCUGAGCCCCCCAUUGUUGUACAUACAGGAGCUCUACAUAGCCAACCAUACCCCAAGUGUAUGUUUUGUACCAUACACAGCAGAUCAAUGUAAGGAUAGUAGCCAAUUUAGGCCCUCCACCCCCAAAACCAACCCAAUUCCUUGUGUCCUUAAUUAGAAUAUGUUGCUCAUCAUAGAGUCCUUUUUUUAGUAAAUUAUUAUAUUUUUGUGAUUAAGCCCCCCUCCUAAUUGUACCCUCCAUGUGCCCUCCCCCAACCCCAUGUUCCCAACAAGUUUUGACUAUCUCAUGUGUAAAUGAAAAAUGGAAGAAAAAGAAUGGAGAAGGUUUGUGUCGGCGUCUGCGCAAAACUGUCAAAGUUGAUGCUAA